AUGCCCUUGGUCGCCUCCGUUUACGAGCUGGCCCCUGCUGACUCCAUGCAAGACAGCUGCCCCAGCACCGAACCCACCUGCAAGCUGGCCGAGAAAGAAGCGGAGCUCAGGGCCGCUGCAGCCGUCUCUCCUGCCCAACUGGCCGCAGCUGACUGGGGACCUCAGACUGGGCCAGCCAAGGAGACCAGGAGCAACGGGCUGGCUAAAGGGAAGCUGCCACCCCCUCCGCGGCCACCCAAGCAGGUGGUGACAGACACAACAGAGCCGGUCUCUUACAAAGAGACAGAGGCCACGCCGGCGCAAGCAAAGGGCGCGGGAACCAGCAGUGGCCCCAAGGCGGCCCGGGCCAACGAUCCGAGCCAUCCCCACUUCGGGGGCAGCACCCGAACAGCCAUGACCAACAGCCUACGCAGCCUCAUGAACUCUAGAGUGGGUCAGCUCUUCCUCCGCAGCGUGGACAGAGCGCUGGACAAGUCGGAAGAGCUGAUGAAUCGGUAUCUGCCCCUGACGGAGAAGGAGCUAGCUGCACUCACAAUGGAGGGGCUGGACGCCUCCGCAGCAGAACACCGUAAGAAGGGCUGCUUUGUGCGGCUGGGGUCCCUGUCCACCAGUCUGCGGAACCGGGCCUUCAUGCUGAUCUUGAAUAAGCUGAGACAGACCAGGCAGAACACCCACGAGAACCUCUCUCAGCUCCACCAGACUAUCGGCCUGAUUGAACACAUCCAGCAAGAGAAGAAGCUUCCCGGCAGCAAGGAGAAACUGCACGGUAUGUGGGAACAGUGGAGCCAGAAGCAGGAAGUGGGUCUCCAGACCAAGCCAGGGGGCAGCAAGGACAGCGGCUCCAGACAGCUCCAGAGCCGGGAGAAGGUGGCCAACGCUUGGGAGGCCUUGGAUGAAGUGAUGGAUUUUUUGUUGCAGAACCCUCCUGUAACGUGGCUUGUGGAAUCCUUGGUUUCCCUUGAAGGGGAGCUGCUGGAGACAGAGGAGAAGCCGGAUAUAUUGAAAGUCCUGAAACACUAUGAGCCACAGGACUGCAAAGAUGACUAG